UAAUAUGGAAUGCAGCAGGAAACCCAUGAUUUCCUGAUACUCAGCAAGCUGGAGGAAGCAAGGGAAAACUCCAUUAAAUAGCCCAGCUUCCCUCCAUGUUAGAUGUGAAGUGGAAAAGGGGGAAGAUUUAGCAGAAUUCCAUAGUCUUCAGCCAGGCUGGAGAGGGGAAGGGCACAGCAAAACCCUUGGGCUGUUGAAAUUUCUAGACUGCCAGGAAGCCCCUAGAAUUCAGAGAAAAAUGAGGGUUUCUUAACUCAGACUAGAGGGGGAAGGGGACAGAUGCUUUUAAUCGUUCUCCCAAAUGUGUGCUACCUUUCUUGACCAGGAUGGUAAGCAUGAGGGCAUGUGCCAGCUGCCUCGGACAGGUCCCUGUGACCCCAGGCACCCCAAGGAAGGCAGAGUGAUCUCGAGCCCGCUGCUCACUCGCUUCCCGCGCUCCAUGGGCUUGGGGAGAAGCAGGAGAAGCCACAGCAACUGCCCGGUCCCAGCAGCUGGAGCCGCCCGGAUGAGCUGCACAGAGGGAGGUGACAGCAGCUGUGGCUGCGGGGGCACGGAGGAGAAGAAGAUGCUGAAGUGUGUGGUGGUGGGGGACGGCGCCGUGGGGAAAACCUGCCUGCUGAUGAGCUACGCCAACGACGCUUUCCCAGAGGAGUACGUGCCCACUGUGUUUGACCACUAUGCAGUUACCGUGACAGUGGGAGGCAAGCAACACUUGCUCGGACUGUAUGACACCGCGGGACAGGAGGACUACAACCAGCUGAGGCCACUCUCCUACCCCAACACUGAUGUGUUUUUGAUCUGCUUCUCUGUCGUGAAUCCUGCCUCUUACCACAACGUCCAGGAGGAAUGGGUCCCAGAGCUGAAGGACUGCAUGCCUCACGUGCCUUACGUCCUCAUAGGGACCCAGAUUGAUCUCCGCGAUGACCCCAAAACCUUGGCCCGUUUGCUGUAUAUGAAAGAGAAACCUCUCACUUACGAGCACGGUGUGAAGCUUGCAAAAGCGAUCGGAGCACAGUGCUACUUGGAAUGUUCGGCUCUAACUCAGAAAGGUCUCAAAGCGGUUUUCGAUGAAGCGAUUCUCACCAUUUUCCACCCCAAGAAAAAAAAGAAACGCUGCUCUGAGUGUCACAGCUGCUGUUCAAUUAUCUGAGGCUGCUGGGGGUCUGGCCUCCACCCCACCUAAAGGUGACAGUGGCACCGACCUCUCAGACCAAGCUCAAGCCAUGAAGGAAGGCGCGACCAGAGAGGAAGUCCCUUUGCACGGAGCCCUGCUCCUCUACCCCAGGAGCCCCCAGCGAGCACAGCACACCAACUGCCACGUCCUCCCCUCUCAGCCCGAAGCAUCCACAUUGCACACUCCAUGAAAAUGCUGAGCCCUCCCAGAUGUCAGCCAGCGCUGCUGCUGAUCAUAUUGCAAAUGAAAGCAAAGACCAUGUUGCAUUUUGCGUCUUCCCUCCAUGAACGUGAAGCUGAUGAGAGGAGAUCAUCACCAAGAUACCAGAAGAGGAACUCAGUUCCUGUAUUGGUGGCCUUACCCCGUGUCUUCUACAAAACCCAGGAACACUAUACUAACCUUGUUCUCUGAAUCUGUUGUUAAACCUAUGUGUCUUGCAUUUACUUGUAUUAUUUUUUAAAAUGUACUAAUUUAUCAAUUUACUCAGGCCUUACAAGUCCAUACCAAAUUAGCCUCAAGGCAAAGAUUUUUAUAUUCAUUUCCAUUUUCAGCCUGUUUCUACCAAAGCUAUUAGAACCAACGCGUACCUCUGAAUGCCUGACUGUAAGAAGGAAACAAGAAAAUGUUACAACUUUUGGAAAUUUACAAAGAUUUUUGAACCUGGUUGAAAGAAAAACACCACCUGAAUUGUUGCAGGUCCCCAUUUUUGCCAAAGAUUCACCCUAGAAAUGCUUUUGCUGAUGGGUAGCCUUAUUUUUUUCCCAUAUUUAUAUUGUCAUGGCAAAUUACAAAUGAACUGUGUUUAAGAAAGUAGUAUUUCUGCUUUUUAAUCAAACUGAUUGGAGAAGAAUAUGGCAGACCUAAGUUUUAAAAUAUUCUUUAUUCAGCAAAGUGAAAUUUCCUGCUCCCUCCCUUCCUAGGUGCCUGCCCUUUUCCUCCCUUAAUUUCACUUUCUCCCUUGCCCAAUAAUAACCUGAUCUAAAAGAAAUUCUGGCCAUGGGGCAUGAAAAAGUAAAUGUUUAAAAGUCCCCAAAGGUUAAGCAAAGUGCUUCCAUAUUUCCACUUGCUUCAACCCGAAGGGCUUCUCAGCUUGGUUCAUGUCCACUCCCCGUUCCAUUUAAAUGACAUUUUCCAAGUACAGCUGGUACUAAUAUAUUGCCUCUCCCUACUUCCUACACUCACUGUCCCAAAUGUGUAUUUAGGGGAUGGAUCUGUGGGUACCAAGUUCUGAAUCCGUUUAUCCCCUGCUUCCAAAGUGCUGUGCUCUGUAGAAUAACACCUUGGGUCUUUGAAAGUAAAAGCUCCCAGUAAGGAAUGAUGUGCGCUUUCUAUAUGCCUCUUCCAAAUAGCGAGGGAUUCUUGCAUCACAGAGUGAAUUAUUUCCUAGCUUUUAAUUAGAGACGAUAAAGUCUCCUAAUUAGUAUUAUUUGCUUGCAAUUACCCUGGAAACACCCAGGUAGGCAGUUUACUUUUUAUUUCAAUUGCAUAAGCAAAGUGCCUCUUGCAGCAUCAAAUGACACCAAUUUUAGCAUAACAAUUUCCAGAUUCACACUCCUUCUGUUGGAAAAAUCCAGUCUUUUCCUAGUCCCUGCUGCUCCCGGAGAUAGCCCCAUAUAAAAGAAACAUAUGAUGUGGGUCUUCUCUGUUAACGCCUUCCAUGACAUCCCCUCAGUUUUUGGGUUUUGUUUGUUUGUUUAGAAUUUCUGAAAUGAGUUGUUCCUUCUUCCAUGUUGCAAGUCCUAUUUCCCUGCUCGACCAUCCAGUUGCUAAACAUUUUCUUAAACACACACAUACAGGCACGCAUACACACAGACAGAGACACACACACCCCCAAACUAAAAGAAAACGGGAGUUUUGUGAGCCAAAGCUUGACAUUUAGAGACAACUAGGACUUUCUUCCUCUGUAAAUGGAAAUCAACCAUCCAUAAACAGUAACUUUACAGAGGUUAUGGAUUCCUUCUUUACAAACAAUAAUGAGAAUUUAGCCCUGUAAUAAAUGAAAUGCUGUUAGCCAGUUUUGUUGCAUCAUUGCAUGGUUACAUCUUACUAAAGGGCCAUUCCUCACUUCUCACUGAUGUUGAUGAAAGAGUGCGUAUGUUUGCUCUACGAAGGAGAACUUUCCAAACAUGUGCAUCUAAGAGGCAAAUGAUUCCCCAGGCCAUGACCUGCCUACUGGACCAUGGGAAUUAACGAGUUCACAGUGAGAAAAUCACUCUCCCACCUAGAACCAGAACCUGGAGACAAUCUGUUAGUGUCUGGGUGGAGAGGCUGCUAAAGGUCAUAAAGGUCAUAAAGCUCAUUAUUAAAUAAAAUAAUGAA